AACAGAUUAAAGAAAACCCGGACGUGUAUUUCAUUCCUUUUUAACAAAACUUGACACCUACAGCUAUAUUUUCACGCUAAAACUGUUUAACUGCCACUGAUGUAUCUAUUCAGUUGAGUCAAAAAUGUCAAGUAGACGGUUAUUUACGUCCGAGUACCGUGUAUGUAUGGUAUUUACUUGAUAAUGUUUUCGCAGAAGAAAAGCUCCAUUCCAAUCCUGCCCCUUAAUCCAUACCGGGUUUGGAUAUAACCAGCAUACAACCCUUUUUCAGGCAGGGAAAACAUCAUUUCAAGUUACAGCCGGUUAAAGCGAGCUUUAAGGAAGCUGGUGUGUUGAAUAUUGGCAGAGAUUUUCUGAGUCUACAGACAUUGUUACUGCCAACCAUGUUACCUAAGAGUCGUCUGGGGAAACGUUCCCCAUUAGGGGCGUUGGUGUGUACCUCCUGCCCCUCCAUGGAGAGCACAUUGGAGACAGGGGGUCAUGGGGACCCUGAGGGGGGUGUGGGGGGCCCAACCAUGGGAUCACCAGGGCCCCAGCAUCUCAGCAGAUUCAACAACAAACUACUUCCUGGACAGAAGGUGUAUGUGUUGUGUGGAGGGCGUGAGUGCACAGGGGUAGUGGAGCAACACAACCAUGUGGAUAAUGAGGUGGCUCUCCUACUGCCUGUCCUGGGACAGCAUGUCCUGAGGAAACUAGAGGACGUAUGGACCUGCCCCACCGUCCCGCCUCCACCUUCUACUACGACACAGGGCACAGGCAGACCACACCAAAUGUCCUCCUGCAUCGAUGUGCCCAGGAGGAGUGCGGAGUCUAUGGAUGAGAUGAUGGCAGCCCUGGUUCUGACCAGCCUGUCCUGCAGCCCUCUGGUCCCGAGCCCUCCUCAGAGAGACACAGUCACAGCAGGUUCUGCUGGUAUGGAGUGUGGAGGCGGGGAACUCUCAGACAGCGGCAGUAGUGGCUACUGGAGCUGUGACCAUGGCUACGGAAGCCCGGCCCCCUCUCCAACAAUCACAGAAACAGAGGGUCACAGCCUGGCCGUGCCCCCUGAUGAGGGAUUGGACAUGGAGCAGGUGCUGUUUGAUGAGCCAGCACCACGGAAACGCAGGAACUCAGUGAAGGUGGCCUACAGGUGUCUGUGGCCCAACUGUGGGAAGAUUCUGAAGUCUGUCGUUGGGAUUAAACGUCACAUCCGUACCCUGCACCUGGGCCAAGUCAGUGAGCAUGAGCGUUGCUCCUGCAGCGAGGAGGACUUCUACUACACAGAGAUACAUCAGCGGGAGCCGCGGCCUCUCACCCGACCUCUAGGGGUCUCUACCCCCAGCACCCCAUGGCUGGCCUGCACCUCCCCCCCCAGCCCCUCUCCCGCUGGCGUAGGACCAGGAGCUGGAGGAGACUCCCCCACAGAAGUGAGCCCCCAGCUCAGCCAGUCUGCCCCCUCCACCCCGGACUUCUUCUGGCAGGUCCACUCUGAGCACUCCUACCAGGUUCCAGUCCAGGUGGUGGCUCCACCUGUCUCGGUCUCCUACUCAUGCCAUUGUACCACACCUACCUCAACCCCCCACCCAAGACAGGGUGCGUCGUUCCGUGUGAGGUCAGUCAGUGUGGGAGAACAGUGGCUGCAGCAGCACAGUGCCCCCAUCAGACCACACCCUGUCAGCACCUCUCCCCAACGCAGCCACUGGUCCACAAGGAGGAUCCGUGGCGAGGCGAAGAAGUGCCGUAAGGUGUACGGCAUUGAGCACCGGGACCAGUGGUGCACCGCCUGUCGCUGGAAGAAAGCCUGCCAGCGCUUCCUCGACUGAACCCCUCACAGAAGAGAGGGAUGAAGAGCGAGAGAAAGAAAGAUGGAGCAGUCACCUCUUCGAGUGAAGACUGAGGAAAGAUCUGGGGGUCAACCAGUGGAGCACCAUGUACGUUGGUGUUUAUUUCUUUCUUUAAAAAAAACUUUUUGGUCAUUUUUACCACUUUACUAAAAGUUUUAUGAAUUUUGUUCAUGUCUUUGACAACUUCGGGUUCUUGUGCGUUGGUGCUCAUGGUGAACUCUGUGGGGGGCAGGCAGCUAAAUUACCUAUGACUGGUAACCUAUGACCUUUACCAGAAGCAUAGUUUUGCAUCUCAGUUCCCCUGUCUUCCUGCCCAGGGAGGGGCUAUAAAGGAAGUGGAAUGUGAUCCUCUCUUCCAAAUCUUUGGCUAUAACUUAUAAACAGCAGCUCUUCUAUACCCAGCAGCUAUAUAGGGGAUGUCUAUAGAUCUAUGACAUCAUGCCGUCCAUAACUUGGCUUGGAAACAAGGCUUGCUGCCUGUUGCCAAUUGUGGGCCUGAGCCAGGCAGGUGCUGAGCAGAAUAUCUGAUCUGUAAAUUAACCUAACUUCCAAACGCCUGGGCAAAAACAGAUCUGUAUGAUACAAAGGUUAACCGAUCCAUCAGGCUUUGGCUUCCUGUCUGUGUAUGCAGUGGACAAUGAUGGCAAGGAGAAGAAAGUAAAGUGAUACUAGGAGGGAGCCCUAUGUGACAGAGGUGAAGCUUCACAAAAUACUUAGAUCCUGUAAAUAGCAUGCUUGUUACCAUGUCAGAGAAGAGUUGCUGUCAACUUGCUCAUUUAUUUGUUAUAAAGUAUUGAGUUUCAUUUAUACCAGCUCUUGUCAAUUGCAUAUAGUGCACAGAUUGGCUGAGAGAAGCCCCCUUGACCUAUAGGAUUCCAUCUGCUCAUGAUCUACCAAGCGCUGGUCGGUAACCAGGAAGUUGUGUCCUAAACAUUGAGAAUGGAUUGGAGGAGAAGUAAAAUGCAGAUUUGGGAGUCAUUAGCCCAACCUGUCUGAUGUUAUAAGCCAUUUAUUCCUGCAAACUUGUAUGUAGCUUUUUUUUUUGUUGGCUUUUUUAAGGGAACCAAAAAAUAUUUUGGGGCGAUGUCAAAUAUGUUAAUUUGUAUUGUGUUUCGUUAUAUUAUCCAGCAAUGUUGUCUAUAUUUUGCAACUUGUCGUUUUUCUAAGGUGUGUUAAAUACAAUGUUCCGCCAAGAAUUACCAUGUGGGAUAUAGGAAUCAAUUCACAUACUCUAGACCAAUCAGAAUUUCACUUCUCUGAGCACGAUGUAACCAACUGUUAAAGUUAAGGACCCAGUAUCUCAUCCUUGUUGUUAGCAGCUACGGUAGCUAUCCUUUCUGGUAUGCCUUAAAGUCUUCUUAGUUACACCAGAAAUAGUCUAUAAUAUAGCCUCGUAACAGACUUUGGUUAUGCUAACGGAUAUCAUUUCAGAGCACUAGUCUAUAAUUAAAGAGACACUAUGACAGAAUAGGACAUGAAAGUAUUGGUUCCCUUUAAAACAUGGAGGUCAUUGGCAGCUUUGGUCUCCUACUCACAUCGUUGUAAUAAAAUGAGCCAUUUGUAUAAAUAUAUUUUGUCAGGAAUCUAUCUCCAUACACUUGCCAUAUGCUUGGCUAUCCAACACUCCAGUACCAGCCUCAGUACUGCUGAGACACUAACUGAAUGAUGUUAUCGAGGUUCCAGGUUUGAUGUGGAAUGUGCCACGUGGUGCCAAUAAUAAGAACUAAAAUAUGGUGCCAGGAUUGAGUCUGAAAACAUUUACAUGGCUAAGUGCUUAUCUAGAAUGAUAUGCUGCUCAAGGGCAUUGUGGCCCUGAACCCUUGUCACUCUGCCACUUAUUGUAAAUUAACAUGCAUAAACAGAUGUUUCAUAUGUUAAAACCCAAAAUGCUUGAAUGCUUGUUUAUUGAAACUAUGUGUUUCUACUCAUAAAAAAAACAACUAAUGUUUCCUUGCAGUAAGCCAAUGAAUCCACAGAAGCAAAAAACAGUUAUAUAUUGUGUUAUGUAUAGGUAACUGCCAAAAUAAUGGAAACACUUGAGUAAAUGAGGGAUACAAAGUAUAUUGAAAUCAGAUGCUUCCACAAAGGUGUCGUUCCUGAGUUAAACAAUUAACAUCCCAUCAUGCUUAGGGUCAUGUAUAAAAUGCCCAGUUUCCCAUUGUUUUGGCUACCAUGGCUAGAAGAGGAGAUCUCAGUGACUUUGAAAGAGGGAUCUUAAAGGUGCAUAGAGGGUUUAAAGUGUGUGUGUGUGUCUCUCAGUCACCAGAUUUUAAACCAAUUGAAUAAUUAUGGGAGAUUCUGGAGCAUCGCCUGAGACAGCGUUUUCCACCACCGUCAACAAAACACCAUGAUGGAAUGGUGCCGCAUCCCUCUGAGUUCCAGACACAUGUAGAAUGUAUGUCAAGGUGUAUUGGCGCUGUUCUGGCGGCUUGUGGUGGCCCAACACCCUAUAAGACACUUUGUUGGUGGUUCCUUUAUUUUGGCAGUUACGUGUAUGUACUGUACCUGGAGAAAGACAUUACCUUUGAAUAAAGUAAUUGUUUUAUUAUGAUGCACUAUUUUUAUAUGGAAUCUGGAAUGUUUUGGUCUUUUUGAUGUUGAAAUAUGCUUGAUAAGGAUUAAGCCUGUCUCUAGUAGUCUUGUUUUUAUUCUCCUUUUUCAAAUCUUGGCCUCAAUUUAGAUGUAAAGUUAUACACCUUUCCAUGUUGAGUUGUGAGCCUGCAUCUAUACAGAUAUUUUAUUUGAUCAAGAGAGGACUUUUAUUGUUAUUAUACAAGACAUUAUUGGUGUGGACAUUUUUGUUUAAUAAAUGGAGCAUUGUGGGAUUCAUA